AAAGUUGGUACUCCUACAAUCCGCCAUAUUGACGUUUCUUGUGGCAGAAGAAGCGUCAUUUUCCGUCUCCGAUAACAUUUUUGUCGUUUUUACGCCCCACAAAUCUUUAUAAAGGACCGCGUUCCUGUUGAUUUUCACUCGAUAGGCGAGAUUACGAAACAGCGAUAACGACAAAUGUUAUCAAGCAGUUUCAAUGAAAGAAGCGUCACCACCCGUAUCAGCAAUGGCAACACCGACCAACAGCAGUGGAAAUCUUGUAGAUGAAUUUGAAGAAGCCUUUCAACAUUGCUUAAAUGUCCUGACGAAAGAAGAAGCCGUUCAAAGUACGGAUAAGGAGGAGAUUCGGGUUGAAGUUGAGCAAACCACGCAUAGAUUCAUCGAUUUAGCACGACAAAUGGAAGCGUUUUUCUUACAAAAACGUUUUCUUUUAUCCGUUCUAAAGCCAGAGAUGAUUGUAAAAGAAGAUGUGAGCGAAUUGAGGUUAGAAUUGGCGAGAAAAGAAGAAUUUCUUAAACGGCAUUAUGAAAAAAUCGCUAUUUGGCAGAAUUUAUUGGCUGAUUUGCAAAGCUUUUCAAAAAGUCCUGCUCAAGGAUCUUCAACACCCGGUUUAGUUAACAAUGGAGGUUCUGUUCCACCAUCCCCGAUUCCAAACAUUCCUGGAAAUCAAACGCCUAAUUCGAUGGCUGGGAUGCAAAAUUUGAUGCAACAACAACUUCAACAGCAACAACAGCAGCUCCAACAACAACAGCAAUUACAACAAAUGCAACAACAACAACAGCAGAUGCAACAAUUUCAACAGAUGCAGGUGCCCCCUGGUAUGGGUGGCGCUGUUGGUCCAGGGAUGGUUUCACCUCAACAGGCGUUAUUCAUGCAACAGCAAGGCUUGGGUGGGCCUAGAGGUCCAUUUGCUCAACAAGGACCAGGAGCUGUCCUUCAAGGACCGCUUGCCUAUCUUGAAAAAACUACAAGCAACAUAGGUAUGACGGAUGGAAGAAGGUGACGAGGACGCGGGAGGGGGCGUGGUAGAGGACGGGGUAGAGGUAGGGGUCGGGGCCGCGGGGCACUUCCCGAAUAUGUAUCCCCUUAGCUCGCCUCCCGCAGCCCAACAUUUACUGGAAACACUCGGAUCAACAAAAAAAAAAAAAAAUACCGCGGUCAAUCCAUUCAGCUCAGCACCCAUAUUUCAAAAUAUUUCUACGUCUAAUUUUAAGGCUUUAGUACUUUUAUUGGGAUUCAAUUACAAAGCUAAAAUGAAUCAAUUUUUAAUAAUUGGAACUUAAUAAACAACAUGAUUAAAUGUAAAUAAAAGGAAUUAUCGAAUUAAUAUAAAAAACAAUUAAAUAAAUAAAGGGUGCAGUACUAAAGCUUUAAAAAAAUCCAUUAUUUCUAUUUAAUGAGAAGAGAAAACAAGAAACUGAUGUAAAUGUUGUCAUGUGAUUCUUAUUAAUCAAAGUAUUAAUUAUUGUAGUAUUUUCUUUUGGUUAGUUUUUUUUAUAAAGUAAACUAUGGUGUUGUAAAAAUAAUUUUGGUUAAAUAAUAAUUAAAUUUAAAUUUUUUAGGUUAUAAUCAUUUCUUUAGAUUGUUUAAAUAACAAAGAAGAAUUUAACCAAGGUAAUUUUUCGGAUUACACAGUAUUAUCGUUAUUAUUAAUUAAUUACAUUGUUAUAAUCGAACGAACAGUACCGAAUUUCAAAAUUGUGAUAUCAGAAAAGGGAUUAAAAGUAAAAUAAAAUCUUAGCGUAACCAAAUAUUUCCUACACUAUGCAGAGGGUGAGUUUAAAAACUAUGCAAAAUUUAUUUUGCAUAAUUUUAUUACUUCCUCUAUGUAUACUCUAUUAUUAUUAUUAUUUUAU